AUGUUAUCAUCUCCGUCUCCUAUCAACGUCCGCUACGCUCGUUCGAUGGAAGACCAAGCACGACCUAUUGUGACACAUCAUGAGAUCCGGAAUUCUCGUGAUCUAUGCCCUCAUCGAGUCAGCGGCUGCAAAGUACUGGAAAUCAGCGAGUCAACAAUCUUGAAAGUGGGCCUUACAGUCACAAUGGGAGAAGCCGAGGCUAUGAUCCUCGUCAGGAACUCAACAUCUGUCCCUGUUCCAGAAGUGCUCAAUGCUUAUAUGAUUGAAGAUAUUGGAUUUAUCUUAAUGAGCAAGAUAUCCGGUGUUACUCUUCAGACUUGCUGGGAAAGUCUUUCCGAAGAUUCCCAGAAAUCCAUCCUAGAUCAACUUCGAGGCUAUGUACAUGAAUGGCGCAGCAUUGAAGGCAAGUUCUUUGGGUCUAUAGACCAAGGGCCUUGUCAAGAUACCGUCUUCAUGCAUCCAUGGGGAAAUCGGAAUUAUCAAUAUGGGCCGUUCCAAACACGAAAGGAAUUCAACCAAGGUGUCAUUGAAGCGCUUAAGAAUGCAAGACCUGGUGGGCAGCUGGUCGAUGAAGAUGACUACCGCCUAGCAGACGAGAUACUUGCAUCAGGGGAGAAUGGGCAAGACGAGAGGAAAAUCUUGACUCAUGGUGACCUACACCCCACUAAUAUCAUCAUCAACGAUGGUAAGCUGGCCGGGAUUAUUGACUGGGGAGCAGCUGGAUACAGUAUUGCAUCAAGGGAAUACUUUGGUCUGGUUUGGAUGGCACUGGAUUCAUCAUGGAGAAAAUCAGCAUCUACCAUUCUGCCCUCUGAUGAGUAUGAGUUUUGGGCUAAGGUGAAUUAUUCCAUGACUCAAUACACAGGCAUCUAA